GCAGAGCGCGCUCUCCCCCGGCGGGCGGGAGGGACCAUGGCGGCGCUGAGGGAGGCGCUGAGGGCGGCGGUGGCCGCGCUGCUGCUGCUGGGCUGGGGCGCCCACGGGCUCUACUUCCACAUCGGCGAGACCGAGAAGCGCUGCUUCAUCGAGGAGAUCCCCGACGAGACCAUGGUCAUCGGGAAUUACCGGACACAGCUGUGGGACAAACAGUCGGAAUCGUUCCUGCCCUCCACCCCCGGGCUGGGCAUGCACGUGGAGGUCAAGGACCCCGAUGGAAAGGUGGUCCUGUCCCGUCAGUACGGCUCCGAGGGUCGCUUCACCUUCACCUCGCACACCCCGGGCGAGCACCAGAUCUGCCUCCACUCCAACUCCACCCGCAUGGCGCUGUUCGCCGGGGGCAAGCUGAGGGUGCACCUGGACAUCCAGGUGGGCGAGCACACCAACAACUACCCCGAGAUCGCCGCCAAGGACAAACUGACGGAGCUGCAGCUGCGCGCCCGGCAGCUGCUGGACCAGGUGGAGCAGAUCCAGAAGGAGCAGAACUACCAGAGGCUGCUGGACCAGGUGGAGCAGAUCCAGAAGGAGCAGAACUACCAGAGGUACCGCGAGGAGCGUUUCCGCAUGACGAGCGAGAGCACCAACCAGCGCGUGCUCUGGUGGUCCAUAGCCCAGACCAUCAUCCUCAUCCUCACCGGCAUCUGGCAGAUGAGGCACCUCAAGAGCUUCUUCGAGGCCAAGAAAUUGGUGUAACCCCCCCAAAAACCCCCCAAAACCCCCCAAAACCCAUCCCCACCACCCAGGGGGACCCUCGCUGCUGCUGGGACCCCCGGGGGGGGGUUUGGGUGGGUUUUGGGGGGGUCCUGGGUGCCAUGGGGGGAGCACAGAGGGGUCACCCCUCGAGCUGGGUUUGUUUUUUUGGGGUGGGGGGUGAAAAUAAAGGUUUUUUUUUGUUUCCA